UCUCUCAUUUUCUUUCACGAUGGAGAAGAUCGCUGUGUUCUUAAUGCUACUCUGCGCCACUUCUCAAAUAGCUUCCUCUGUCAAAGAUGGUUUGUUGCCGAAUGGGAACUUCGAGUAUGGGCCAAAGCCGUCAGAACUGAAAGGAACAAAAGUGAUGAGCCCCAAAGCCAUUCCCAACUGGGAAAUUUCAGGCUAUGUUGAGUACAUAAAAUCAGGUCAUAAACAAGGUGACAUGUUGCUAAUAGUACCCGAAGGUGCAUUUGCGGUUAGGCUAGGCAAUGAGGCCCUCAUUAAGCAGAAGAUUAAGGUCACCAAGGGCAUGUUUUACUCUCUAACCUUCAGCGCGGCUCGCACAUGUGCACAAGAGGAAAGAUUGAACGUGUCGAUCUCGCCGAACUACGAGAAAAAUGACUUUGGUUUAUUACCGAUUCAAACAAUGUAUAGCAGCAAUGGAUGGGAUUCGUAUGCUUGGGCUUUCCAAGCAGACGAGUCCGAAAUCGAGAUCUCGAUUCAUAACCCCGGUGUGGAGGAAGAUGCAGCUUGUGGCCCUCUUAUCGAUUCCGUCGCAUUGAAGACCUUGUACCCUCCGAAACGUACCCGAGCCAAUCUACUAAAGAACGGAAAUUUCGAAGAAGGUCCUUAUAUCUUCCCGAAACCGACUUCCGAAGGAGUUAUAAUUCCCCCCCAAAUCGAAGAUGAUCACAGUCCUUUACCCGGCUGGAUAAUUGAAUCCCUGAAAGCCAUUAAGUACAUUGACAGUGAACAUUACACUGUUCCUGAGGGCAAACGGGCCAUCGAACUGAUCGGCGGAAAAGAAAGUGCGGUUGCACAGAUAGUUAAGACGACAAUCGGGAGUACCUAUGCGCUCACAUUUGCUGUUGGUGAUGCUAAGAACGGAUGCGAAGGUCCCAUGAUGCUCGAAGCAUUUGCAGGCAAGAACACUGUCAAGGUGUCGUAUAACUCCAAGGGCAAAGGAGGAUUCAAACCAGCUAUUCUAAAGUUCAGAGCGGAGUCGGAACGAACUCGGAUUAUGUUCUAUAGCACAUUUUACACCAUGAAAAGUGACAACUCCGGUUCUCUUUGUGGACCUGUUUUGGAUGAUGUGAAGCUGCUUAGUAUCCGAAGAUUGCAUCACCUGUAAUUAAAACUGUUUGAAAAUUGAUUGUUGCAUUGCUCAGGCAACAAAUCAAUGUG